AUGGUGAACGACAAUGAGAUAAGCAAAGAAGAAAGACUGGAGCAAGCCCGGAAGAAGUUCGAGGAACUGAAGAAAAAGAAGAAAGGUAAGAAGAAGGGCAAUGUCGGGGACCAUGAACGCGAAUCCAAAUAUAAGGGAAAACUUGACCACAGCUUCAAGACGACAAUGGCAAAUACAGCAACUGGUUUGGACACGGGUAAAGGUUUUGAAGAUGACGAUUCUGAAACACUGGUGACUCCUGAUGAUGGCAUUUCAGGGUCUGAAAAUAUCGUCAAUGAACAAGAAGUACAGAUUAUAUCAGAAGGGCAAAAAUCUGAUGAUAACGACUAUCAGCAUGUUCGCGAUCGCAAAAGCCAGGAAUCCCUAAAACGGGAGGUUAUGGGCUCAUCUAAUUCGCCUGAUUUGAAUGCCGAGAGUGAGGUAAAACAACAAUCUUCGCUGGUCGACGAAACCAACUCUCAAUAUGCGGAGGAAAGACACGAUGAGGACCCUUCGAGGCAGGUGAAAUACCUAGAAGCAAAGCUUCGUGAUGCGAUCGAGCAGAAUUCUAAAGUUUUGAAAGAAAAUCAGGAGUUGAAAUCAGCCCAGCUACUUUUGACGUCAAAAAUUAGUUCACUCGAAGAGAAGGUUCAAUCUCUCGAAAUUCUAAACGAUAGCUUGGAGCGACAAUUGAGUGAAAAGAUUCAUGACGUGCAUCGUGCUGAGACCUCCAAUAGCGGUGAAACCGUUCAUAACUACUCGCUUGAAAAAGGCUCUCCUACGCAGUCUUCCCCCAGCUUCCAAACAUUCAACGGUUUCAAUAAUUUAUCAAACGACUAUCUUGAUAUAGUUGACAUCCGUGAGCGUCUAGCCCAAUGGAAAGGUUGGAAUCUUGACAUGAAAUCAUGGAGAAGUGUUGGAAGUGGGUCGCUCCUCGAGCUUUUCAACGCUUCACAUCAAAUCCGCAGCGUAUCGAAAAAAGUGAGGUCAUCGAAAGUGAUUGGCAUUGAUUUGGGAACAACCAAUUCUGCAGUUGCGGUGUUAGAAGGUAAUAAACCUAAAAUCCUUGAAAAUCAAAAUGGCGACCGUACAACACCCUCCAUUGUAGCUUUCACAAAAGAAGGUGAUGUUCUUGUUGGUACAGCUGCAAAACGCCAAAGUAUUAUCAACCAUGAGAACACCUUCUAUGCUACUAAAAGAUUGAUUGGACGGAAAUAUAAUGAUGAUGAGGUUCAAAAGGAUAUUCAAAGACUGCCCUACAAAGUCGUAGAGCAUGCUAAUGGAGAUGCCUGGCUGCAAACAACCAUUGCUCAAGGCUUAUCAUACUCGCCGGCCCAGAUAGGUGGUUUUAUAUUACGCGAGAUGAAAAGGGUUGCUGAGCUACAACUAGCCGAAGAGGUAAAAAAUGCGGUUAUUACAGUUCCCGCAUACUUUAACGACUCACAACGGCAGGCGACCAAGAAAGCAGGUGAACUAGUUGGACUCAAUGUGGUAAGGGUGAUAAAUGAGCCUACGGCUGCUUCACUAGCCUAUGGUAUUGGAGGUAAGGACAAAAAUAACGGUAUUGUUGCGGUUUAUGAUUUAGGCGGCGGAACAUUUGACAUUUCGAUACUUGAUAUUGAGGACGGUGUGUUUGAGGUACGAUCCACCAAUGGCGACACACAUCUUGGUGGUGAAGACUUGGACAAUAUAUUAGUCGAAUUUAUUUUGAAACGAUUCCAAAUGAAAACCGGUAUCGAUCUUCGUCAAGAUAAAAUUGCAGUUCAAAGAAUUCGUCAAGCUGCAGAGAAGGCCAAAAUUGAGCUAUCACAUGUGAAGAGUACUACAAUUGAUUUGCCUUUCAUUACAAAAACUGAAAGCAUCAGUAUACCUCUCACAGAAGAGGAACUUGAUAACAUGAGUGCGGAUCUGAUUGAGCGGACAAUACUUCCGGUCAGAAAAGCUCUCAAAGACGCUGACUUGAAAGUGCAAGAUAUCGACGAGGUCAUUCUCGUUGGUGGAAUGACCAGAAUGCCUAAAAUAAGAAACACUGUCGAGAAUUUUUUUGGUAUAAAGCCAACAACUCAAGUUAAUCCUGAUGAGGCUGUGGCUCUUGGCGCUGCUAUUCAAGGCGCUGUCCUUUCGGGAGAGGUGAAGGAUGUGUUACUUUUGGAUGUUACACCCUUGACUCUCGGAAUUGAAACAUAUGGGGGCAUGUUUUCACCACUUUUGCCACGUAAUUCUACGGUUCCCUGCAGAGUCACUCAAAUGUAUUCAACCGCUGUAGAUGGGCAAAGCUCAAUAGAUAUCAAUGUCUAUCAAGGAGAACGGCCUUUGGUGCAGGACAACAUAUUAAUUGGAAAGUUCAAACUCACUGAUAUUCCACCCUUACCCAAGGGCACGCCACAAAUUGAAGUGAUGUUUGAUGUUGACGCGGAUGGGAUCCUCAAAGUGAGUGCAAGAGAUAAACAAACUGGAAAGAAAUCAUCCAUUACCGUGUUUGGAAAGGGUGGCCUAACUGAUGAGGAAGUCAAACGGUUGGUAGAUGAAAGUAAACAAACAACAGAGCAAGAUCAGGUGAAACUUAAUUUCUUGAAAUUAGUCAACAACUUGGAGCUAAUAGUGUUCGAUACCGAACAAGCUCUCAAGGAAAUUGAGAGCUUUGUGGAUACAACCCAGGCGGACACAUUAAAGCGAAAACUUAUCACCGUCAAAAAGAUGAUUGAUGAUGCAAGAAAAGGGGACCUGCUCGACCAAGACCUCAUCAAGGCAGCACAAGAAGAAUUACAGGAGGAAGCAUUGCAAGUGAUACAGAAGGCAGCUGAAAGAAGUAAGGCACAACGAAAAGCCAAAGAUUGAGUCUUCUCUGUUUAAAGAUAUUUAGUAAACUCAACACUUUCGUAUUAAACAGC